CAACUUUCUUCUUCUCCUUUGUUUCGUUUUUUUUUUUGGGUACAGGAAAGAUAUUGUUUCUUCGAUAAAAGGAAAAAUGGCCGACGAUGCAGAGAAGAGGUUUCAUUCGAUCAUGGACAAGCUCUUCCAAAUCCCUUCCUCCUCCAGUUCACCGCCGCCGCCUCCGGGGGGAACGGGAGCGGGAAGACAAGGACGACUGUUACGAGCGAAGAAACGGCCGAAUACAUCGUAUGCUUUAGCAGAGGAAGAGAAGCAGCAUUGCUUAGUUGCGAGUGAAUCUCCGAUUUGCAGACCAUGGGAUAGAGGAGAUUUUCUCAGGAGGUUAUCAACUUUCAAAUCCAUGACUUGGUUUGCUAAGCCCAAGGUGGUAAGUGCUGUGAAUUGUGCCACUAGAGGUUGGGUCAAUGUGGAUAUGGACAUUCUGGCCUGUGAAUCAUGCGGAGCACGUCUCCAGUUUUCUACUCCACCUUCUUGGAUACGGCAGCAAGUUGAGAAGGCAGCCUCUGUAUUUAGCUUAAAGCUGGAUAGUGGACACAAAUUGUUUUGUCCUUGGAUUGACAAUGCCUGUGAUGAAAGACUGGCUGAGUUUCCUCCCACUGUGCCUGCUGAUUUAGUUGAUAAAUUCCGGGCAAGAUCCAACUCACUCUUUCAACUUGUAGCUCUUCCGGUAAUUUCAUCUUCGGCCAUUGAAUUUAUGAGAAGCCCUCAGCUCGAAGAAUUUCUCAGACAACCCCUAAUGUUGGAUUGUCUGAAAGAGAACGCUGACUUUUCUCAAUUAGAAAGUAUAGAAGCUGGAUCUGAUGUGGAUUCAGCUAACUUGUAUUAUCAGUCUCAAAAGCUUAUAUGUCUAUGUGGCUGGGAACCACGUUUACUACCGUACGUAGUUGAUUGCAAGGAUGGUCAGAAUCAAUUUGCCAAAGAUGCCGAAAUUUUAACUUCACCCCAGAGAGCUGAUCGUGGACUAAAUUUGAGUCUCAACUUCCAUGCAGCUGACGAAAAUGAAAAUUUGGAGGCAAAUAAAGAUUUUGAGAAUUCUUUUAGAUUGCAGUAUGAUCCCAAAUCUGUUGUUUUAGAUUGCAGGCUCUGUGGUGCAAGUGUUGGAUUAUGGGUUUUCUCCACUGUUCAACAGCCUGUAGAGUUCUUCAGAUUACUUGGAUGUGAAGAAGUCAAUCCUGGAGCCCAUGAUUCUGGUCAUGAAAGCAAUGGCUGUGAUGGUGGUGUUGGUGUUCCUUCGAAUGGUGGAUCGUCAUCUAUGGAACAAUCUUCCAAUUCAAAAUUUACUAAAGCCGGAGGUCCACCACCAACACGACAAAACUUUAAAGCAAUAAUACAGUUACCUGUUAUUGGCCGGAGUUUAAGUGCUAGAUUUUUAUAUCAUCAUGAGUUUAAAGAUCAGAUAUAUAGUAAUCAAGGAAAUACUCCAGCAGAAUCCAAGUUUCAGGGAGAAAUAGGUUGUCUUAAUAAUAGUGUUAGUGAGCCAGGUGUCCCAUUGGCAGAGUUGAGAACUUCAAAUGGCAAAAAAGAUGGAGAAGUUAAUUGUAAUUCUAAAAGCAAUGAUCAGUCUCCUUGUUCGAACCAUGAUGUUUGUGCAAGAGAUUACAAUUCUAGGAAUGUCACUUCAUUGGAAGGAACCAAUAUCACUGCAAAAGAAAUUUCUCCUUAUGCUGGUACAGACGAUUCUAAUAUGGGGGUUCAAAUAGAGAGUUAUCAGAAUGUAGUCCAAGGUUCUUGCCAAAGUAAUAGCUCUCUUGAAAAGGUAGACAAUGAUAGAUCUUCUGUUAUGACUCAAGAUGCAAAUGUUUCCCCUAGAAGUGAUGGAACAAAUGAUUCAUCAGUUAUGAUUACAUCUGAAAAGUGCCAUCUAGAACAAACUGCAGAAGCAGAGAAAGUCUGUGAUAAAGAAAUUUGUUUAGCUAAUCAAGACUCUACCUGUAUAUCCUCUUGCUUGGAAGCUGAUUUAAAUGUUGAUGGCACUUGCAAGAUGACCUCAAGAGAAGACAAAACUUGUGCCAAUAGUCAGGAAGAAGGGAUGACCGCUGAAGUCCAGACUGCACAAAACAAUAAGGGCUUAUCCUAUCCCAAAGGAAAGGAUCUAAAGCAACUGCACAUGGAUAAAACAUCAGAGUUUGAUCCAAUCAGGCAGCACAGGCAUUUUUGUCCAUGGAUUGCAUCGAUGAGUGGCGAGGCACCCGGAUGGCAACAAACAUUAUCUGCUUUGCUAUGUGGGAAUGAUGGUUCUCGUUCUUCACCGGCGCGUUCUCCUCCUUCAUCUGCCUCCAUGAUUAAGGUUAACGAUCCCGUUGCCUCGAUUAGAAAGCUUUUCUUGUCUCCUACGGCCAAAAGGAUGAAGAUCAACCGAGAACGAGGCUAAACCCGCCGGCGUUAUUGUCGUGUAAAGAGAUGGAAGAUUGAACUUGCGCAUUCCGUAGGCAAAUAUAUGAAUUUGUACCAUUUGAAACAUAUAUAUAUAGAGAGAGAGAUUGGCUGUAUUCAUUUUAAGGCAUUGUGAAAUGGUAGUCCAGUUUAGAGCCAAA